UUUGACCCGAGAAGAACACGAUCGGGUCGGAUCGGAUCAACCCACUCGAGUGAACCACCGGUGACAACGGCCCAAUAACUGGUCUUACGGUUCAAUAGUUUGGACUGAGCCGGUCCAAAACACUGAAAACAAAUUAUCAUUGCCCUUGCUUUGGAAAAUUUGAAAUUAUUUUCUGUGUUUUCUGCAACAUCAUCUGAGCCGAUUCUAUCCCGAGAAUGCCCCUGAAUUCACAGAUAAUUACCGGGAUGCCCUUGGCGUCUGCACCAGCUUCUUCGACCUCUGACAGCGUCUGUGUCGUUGGGCAACCUCUGACGUCGUCGUUUUUCAAUGGUGGAGUGAGAGUUCUAAAAGUUAGGGGAGCACGGGUUGCUAAUUCCAAUCGAUCCCAAUGUAGUAGACAUGGUGCUCGAAUGAGCCUUUUGGAUCGAUUUGCUAGAGUUGUCAAGUCAUAUGCAAAUGCAAUCAUUAGUUCCAUGGAAGACCCGGAGAAGAUCUUAGAACAAACUGUGCUUGAAAUGAAUGAUGACUUGAUAAAAAUGCGUCAGGCCACAGCACAAGUAUUGGCAUCUCAAAAGCGAUUGGAAAAUAAAUAUAAAGCGGCACAACAAGCUUCUGAAGAUUGGUACCGUAAGGCUCAAUUUGCUCUUGAAAAAGGAGAUGAGGAUCUUGCACGGGAAGCUUUGAAGAGGCGUAAGUCUUAUGCUGAUAAUGCUAGUGCUUUGAAAGCUCAAUUUGAUCAACAGAAGAAUGUCAUUGAAAAUCUCGUCUCCAAUACACGGCUUUUGGAGAGCAAGAUACAGGAAGCAAAAUCAAAAAAAGAUACCUUGAAAGCACGUGCUCAGUCUGCCAAGACUGCAAGCAAAGUGAAUGAGAUGUUGGGGAAUGUCAAUACAAGUAAUGCACUUGCAGCUUUUGAAAAGAUGGAAGAAAAAGUGUUGACAAUGGAGUCCCAAGCAGAGGCACUGGGCCAGUUAACUUCUGAUGAACUUGACGGAAAGUUUGCAUUGUUAGAAAGCUCUUCAGUUGAUGAUGAUCUUGCAAACUUGAAGAAAGAACUAUCUGGUAGCUCAAAGGGACUUAGCUCUCUUAUUUUUUUGUUCCUGUUUCGGUUUGGUUCCAAUAGAAAGGUGAGCUUCCACCUGGAAGAGCAUCUGUUAGCAGCACAAGCAUGGCAUUGCCAUUUCAAGACACUGAAGUUGAGAGGGAGCUCAAUGAAUUGAGGCAAAAGGCAAAGGAUUCCUAGAUUCCUACACCCCCUUGCACAAGUCCUGGACUCGGUUCAGAAGCCUUUUCAUUUCACCAACAGAUUGACUUUGUAUAGCUAAAGGCCAAAAUUGACUUAGAGGCUGUAAAUAUUUUUGUCGGGAUAUAAUCCAUAUGGAUUUACAGGUUUGAAGUCAGAUGGUGCAUGCAUCAAUGCAUGAUAUGAAACAUCUUGAUGUGUUGUAAUGUAUGUGCAUCUGUUGCAUCAAUCCUUGUUUUAGUUGAUGUAUGCACACUGCCUAUUAAUGUACAUUCUGAAUGAUUUUCCCAAUUACCAUGUUUUAGAUCUUA